AUGGGCAGAACCGUUAGCGGUAUAGGGGAAAGUUCGUACGGGAUUCUUAUGGGGCAAGUUGCCCUUCAUACGAGCGAAGAAAAUCGUGCGGGAAUGUUUGUGUUUUUGGAAGCUACGUAUUGCCUGGGCACUGCAUUUGGCCCGGCGCUCGGCAGUUUCAUCACAUUUAAUGCUAAUAUCUUGGGUUGGGAAAUUGAUGCAGGGAAUUCACCUGGGAUCGUCUUGAUGUGCGUAUGGCUCGUAUCCUUAGUAGGAGCGCUUUUCUUACCCGGCGAUUUUGGAGAGAAAAGUGCCAUCGAAAAAGUGGAAGUCGAAAUG